AUGAGAAAGUCGUCUUUUGGUUGGCUAGCCGCUAUCUGGCAUAUUGAUUACGUGUCAAGUGUUGGGAGCAGAUUGGAUUUUCGACAGGGCGCUGCCUUUCUUGCGUUCAAGCUGCAUCUUUCUUUUGUCUGCCGUAUUUAUAGUCUUUCACUUAUUUGGUAUUUUAUUUCUUUCUGGCUUGUUUCUUCUCCGCCAUUUUUUUUUCCUUUUAAAGUUUUAUUUCUUUUAUCAUUUUUAACAUUUUUCAUUCUUUUUAGGGUUAAUACUUUCUUUCGUGCUUAUAGUUUUUUUUUUCUUUCUUUUUUGGGUUAUAUUUCCUUUCUUUCUUUUUUUUUUGAUAAUAUAUUAUUUCUUUCUUUCUGUUUGAAUCAUUUUCUCAUAAACACACUUUUUUCUUCUUCUUUUUUUUCGCGUUGUAUUCUUUUUUAUUCCUUUUCUUCUUCACUAUGUGUUUUUUUCCUUUUUUUUCUGUGUUCCUUUUACCUUUUCGCUUUCUUGAUGUUUUUUACGUUCUCUUUUUUUCCAUUUUUCUUUUCUUUUUUGUUUUUUCCUAUCCUCUUUUCCAUUUUUGUUCUUAUUUUGACUUUCUCUUUCUAUUUACGUUCUUUUUUUUACUUUUUGGUUUUCUUUCCUUCUUUUUUUGACCAUAUAUUCUUUCCUUCUUUCUUUCUUUGUUUUUUUUUUCUGUUUGGGUUAUUUUGUCUUUCUUUUUUGAUUAUAUAUUAUUACCUGCUUUUUUUGGCUAUAAAUUCUUCCUUUUUUUGUUUCAUCUUCUUUCUUUUUUUUUCUUUCUUUCAUUAUCGCCAAGUUGACGACGAGGAAAUAUUCUGGUUUUUAUUUGGCUUCUUUUAUUUAUUUUUUUCUUUUCUUUUUUCUGUUUUAAUUUUCUAUCGGAUUUUAUUCCGUUGUCAGUUCUUUUGUUCUUUUUCUUAUCGUCCGUUACAUUUUGUCCUUUAUUUUUCUCUUUCUCGCCUUUUUUCGCCUUUUUUCGCCUUUUUUCGCCCUAGUUUAUUGAUCAGUUUUUUUUUUCUUUAUUUCUCUCUUCGUAUAUCUUUCUUUCUCUACAGUUCUUUUUUUACCCUUUUCUUUUCUAUUUUUUCCUCUUCCUCCUGCUCCUUACUUCCUUUCACGUUUUCCCAUUUUUUCUCUUUCAUUAAAAGCGAUCAUUCUCUUCUUUUGUCUUCACAUCACCUUGACUAUUUCUUUCUUCCUUUAUUCUUUCUUCAUCAUUCAGUCAUUAUUUUCCGUUUCCUUAUCUUUUCCUCUCUUUCAUUAUACUGUUUACUUCAACUUUUAUUCACUUUCUGUUUGUCUUUCUCUCUUUUAUUCCUUUUAUUGUUUUUCAUCUUUUCUCUCUUGCUACAUUCGUUUUCUUUCUUUUUUCAUUCCCCUUUCUUUUUCGUUUUUUUUCUAUUAUUUUCCCAUUUUUUUCUUUCUUUUUUUCCAUCUUUUUCCACUAAGAUUUGCUCUCUUUUCUUCCUUUUUAUUUUUAUUCUAAGAAGUUUUACGCCAAAAUAA